AUGAUGAUGAUGAUGAUGACUAACAAAUCCCACGCUUUCAACACCGUCAUCGCUUCCCUCAUCAUCAUCGCCAUCGUCAUAGUCAUCAUGAUCUAUGUUCCACGCUACAUCGGGCUCAAAUUCGAGGCUCGGAGAAAGGCGUCCAAGAAGAAGGUUAGGAGAUGGCUGCCAUCCCAGGAACCCAUGGAGCAACAGCAACGCGAACAAGAUAUUGAGAUAGAGAAUUGGCCUUUGCAGUGUCCAGAACCUGUGUUCAUGAGAAGCAGGCAACAACAACAACAACAACAACAACAACAGCCGGAUGAUUGGCCAUUGAGGAGACCAGAGCCCUUGGUGAUGUCAGAGAGAAGACAACGAGAAAGCUUUGAGGAUAUUGAUCUUGGGUAUGAUGAUACCGCUGGCUGUAAUCUCGAGGGAUUUCCUUAUAUUGUGCGAUAA